AAACGGCAGCAGAAACACUAGAUGAGAACGACAAAACUCAGAAAGCACUAAUCGGUCAUCUGGUUUGUCUUGUCUGACUCUACUGAAUUAGAGGCGAUUUCGUUUCAUCAACGACUGUUGAUCUACUUCUAGAAUUUUGCUGCAUAGAGCAAGGGCACCUAACAGUUCUGUUCUCGCAACAGCUCUAGGUGUGUGAUUGUGUAGUAAUCUCCAGCAGCGUUGAAGAAAAGCUAGACGUAAACUCGCAACAUACUAGUCAUAGUCACGCAUACUUAUUUUGCACUAUUUUUACUGAGUGCUACUUAAUGAUUAUUACAUAAAUUACAACCUCGUUUUCUUUUUUCACAUGUAACUAAAUGUAACUACAUGAUCGUCCAUCCAAUGUUAUGAAAAAUCUAUCCAUGAUUGUUCACCAUUUCAGCGGCCAACCAUAGUUUUGAGUACUACUAGAAGAAUAGAACAUACAAAGAGAUCGAAGAAAGUUUAACGUAGCUAGUGUUGCUGCGCGAAAGUUGACUAUCAUAAUCCGAUCCUUCGUUUCGAAAGAACCUGACUAUUUGCUGUGUACGUUGUGUGUAAGGUUGCGAUAGCUGUAGCACCAGACGAGGGAAACUAAGUAUUUAGUAUCUGUUACGACUGAGGCGGGAACCCCUCUAAAAAAUCUAAAUCUACUCGAAGUACUUUGUAGUACAAGGAAGAACGACCACCAGCGACCUCCGCAGUGACUACUUCGACGAUUUCACUUCUUGUUCAAUAACUAGAAUCCCGCGACAAGAGAGAUUUUCAUCAGCGACGCGAACUUCACCAUAGACGCAGCUUUGCGACCAGCGACAAAUUCGACAUCAUGUUCUUUGCAGGAGGAAUGAGUGCUCCCAGCGUCACUGACCUGGACGUUGUAAUGGGGGAGCAUCGAGGCAGCCCAUCAACUUCCCGCGCGGACGGUGACUCCGCGAGCCGCGAGACGACCAGCCCGGCUAGUGCGAUCGCGGCGCCGGCUGCUAGCAGUGGCACUGCUUUAUCAACAGGAGCUGGCAUCGCAGGACAUCAAGAAACGCACAGAAGCGUCGGCGAAGGUGUUUUAGGGGGUGAAGCAACGAUCAGCAGUAAGAUGGAGUUGACUACGGCUGACGAUGUUGAUACGAGCUUUUCCUCGACAACUAGCCGAACAACGCCAGAGAAUGCGCCGUCCUCGGGUGCGGGUCGAUCAAGCAGCGACCACAAGAACGAUGUAGGCAACAGUCGCGACAGGUGCUCUACGAACAAUCCAUUCGAUUCUUCUAGCGACGUUUGUGUGAAAGAGGCGCUACAACAGCUCGGCGAAUAUGAGGUCUCCUCAACAUCUCCGUCUCCUACACCGUCAACGACUUCUAGUUCUACCAACAAUCAGACCACGUUGUUCAACAUGUUUCCUGGAGCUCCGAGUAUUUGCAAGGAAGACGUGCAGCGAUUUUGCAACACCUACGGUUUCAACGCCGCCGCAGUUGCGGAGCUGCUCCGCUUACCCGACGGCGCGAUCGAGGUGAUCUCUGCGCACGAGUCCUUUCACCGUCUCAUUCUGUCGCGUGAACACAACAACUCUACAGCCUUCGUAACCAAGAUCAUUCACCGUACAUUGCUAGGCUUGCCGCUUGCGGCUUCUGGUGAUACUGCGACCGCAGGAGCUAAAAAUGUUAGCUUGGAGCAGCAUAGUAAGUCCUUGUCCUCGAACAUCGCGACCUGCGGCUCUGACAAGAAUGAUAAUGUUGUGAUUCUCGAUUGCAGAAGUCCAACUACUUCUACUACGAGAACCGGAGCUGCAGACCUCGAUGAAGCAGGGAAGACAAAACCGAUCGACUACGAAAGCUUGCAGGGCGUUUGGGACGAAUUUGCGCGUAACUGUGCUGCGGCUCGUUUCGCUCGCGACCACCUUAACAAUAUCCCAGAGCCGUUGCGUGUUCGCUUCUAUCAGGCGGAGCCGAUCAAGCGCACCUACAUCAUGCGGCAGUGGAUUCGUGAGAACCGCAGGAACCCGCGAGACGUGUUAGGUACUCGAAAAUCCUCAAACGAAACUCUUCUUCACUACCUUGUUCUGUCAUUACCUAGACAACUUGUUCUUGUAGAUCAGUUUAUUUUGCACUUCAUCUACUAAACUAAACUUAUCAACUUACCAGCUGCACCAGACUUGAUCUAGGCAAGACAGGCUCUUUCAUGAUCUUGCUUCUACAAGCUUGCAGUUGCAUACAGGCACCAUCUCUGAGCGUAACCGGUGAGACGGCCUUAGGUCUCUCUGGUACCAGAUACGUGCAACAUCAGUUGACGCUUUCACAUCGUCAAUGAUUCUCGGGGGUUAAUGCACCUUCUACUUAGUAAACAUUCACCUUUUUAUUAGAUUGAGUUACUGGUGCUAAAUUGUACCCGGAGUUUGUUGAUCUUGAUAAUGCUGCUCACCAGCGACGUCAACAUUCAGCUUCAACGAUAGUCAUAAUCUUGAUCAAGACUUACAUCAUUAAAAAAAUUCAACAUCGCUACAGAAAUGCUUGAGUUGACGGACUGCGUCUCCUUGUUUGUGUCGGUUCACGACUUGUCCGUGGAGGCAGCGAGGGCUCUGCGAGCGACGUCCGAGAGCCAACAGUGGAGCAUCUUGCGCGAUUGCGUUAUCGACCGUUGUGCCCAAAGUUCUCACGACAUUCAGCAGAGCAAUGGUGCUCCUUUCUCUUCCAUUCAGGGACACCUGAUGUCACCAAAAAGUCAGGAAGAAGUGGCUGCCAAAAAGAGCGCGCACGUUUUGCGUCUGGCCGCAAAAAUGGCCCAACACCCGUUGCAGCGAGAAGAAGAGCUGCUGCGCCGAACCGAACAAUUCUUCGAGGAGCACAACAUCGAUGAGUCCGCACGCCGUAUCUUUUACAGCGCGCCGUCGGAGGUGCAGUGGGCAGUUUUGGAAGAAGGUCCGCUGAUCGAUGCUCGCAACAACAACGCUGUGCUGGUCAAGCGUGUGAACUCCCUAUCGUCGAAAUUUAACAGGGGACAUCAAGGAUCGUCCUCACACAAUGGAGGAAGUGGAUUUGGUGGUAACCACCAGGAAAUAAAGGACACUUCCUCGCAUCAAGUUCUUCAUCCGCCUGCGCACAGCAAGGCCGGUCCUCCUGGUCCCCGAAAUAGUGGAUACACCUCCAGCGACAGUAGAAACGCGUUUGUCAACGGCCCACCAGGACGAAGCAGCCAACAUUAUCCUGCUCAUGCAGAGCAGCAGCAGCACUUGCCGGGAAUGGGUAAUGCUGGCCCAUACAAUCAGCAUUGGUCAGGACCUCCGCAGAGUGGUGCUAUUAACCGAGGUGGAGGUCCGAACGCACGAUCGUCUUGGGCCUAUCAUGGCCAGCACGCUCCACAACAUCAUGGCUCUAACAUGAUGAAAGAUCAGUUCCACCCAAAUAAUCUCCCAUCAUCCGGAAAUGGUUUCAGCAUUUUCGACAACCUCCCUAACUCGAAGAGUCCAGCUUGCACCAGUCCGGUAACUGGCUCCAUGAACAGACGAAGCUCGAUUCGCCAGUGUGGCUCCGGAUUUCUCGGUGGCAAUCACAAUACCUUCGGAGGACCUGGAAACGGUGGGGGCUUCGCUGGAGCCUUGAGUCAGUUGAACCAACAAGGUUCUUCGUCUGCUCCUUGGGACCGACCUGUGCAUCAGCAACGUCGUGGAAGUCGGGACUCGGUUUCUACCUUCGUUCCACCAGGUCGCUUCAGCUGGAAUGACACCAGACACAGCGGAACCUCGACAUCAGCGAAUACACAUCUGCCCAAUCAACAUGCAGGAGUAGGAGACGGUAAUCAACGUGGAAAUGGAGGUGGUCGUAGCAUGUCCGUCAGCCCGCCAUCGAAUCGAUCAAGUUUCUUUGCAGGUAUGCAAUCAAGCGACGACAUUAUAGGCGGAAACAAUGGAGGACCAUCUUCUUUUCAAAUGAACAUCAGCCACCAACACCAUCAGUCUUCGAACAACAACAACAACAAAAACAGCAUGAACACGAACGCCGCAAAUUUGUUGAACUGUCUAUUGAACCAAAGCCAAUCGUCGUCGAAGAUGCCAGCACCGCUCCUUCCAUCAUUUGGCAAUAACGGGACUGGCUCCAACUCAUCUUUUUUUGGUGGAAAUCACGGAAUGAACCAACUACAAUCUUCUCAACCACAUCAAGUCCCAAGUACCACAUCAACCAGCACUAGCAAUUUUCUCGAUGAGCUACUGGGCGAGAUUAAAAGUCCACCAUCUUCUUCAUUAGAUACCAAUAUGGGCAUCAUGGAGACUUCGAGCCAAUCUAUGAAGGGCGCUGCAGGGAACAGUGAUGACGAUGGCGGACUCAACUAUUUGAUGAAUUGGUUGACCACGGGAAAGCCAUGAACGAGGAUGGUGGGUUGAUGGUUGUCCGUCGAUGCCGAUGCGUUAUUAUGAGAUGACAAGAAGAAGGAGGACGAACAUCAACAACAAGAACAAUACAAAACAUCCUGUUUUUACUGGAUCUUCAUCGAGCCUUUUGCUUCAUUCGUUGGGAAGAUCUCGUUUUGGAUCACGUACGCGAGAUACUACACAUCAUACGCAAUAGCGACUUCAACAGACAAAAAAGUUCAAGAUUCGGCAGAUUAUAAACGACGAACGUAACAAACUAGCUAAGAAAUACUCUCAACAACAGUUUAACACCUUCUUCACGUAUCAACUUUCUUCUCGUUUUAGUUAACUUCAAAACAACUACUUAUUUUCACAUUAUGGUUAUAAUUGUACAAAUACAUGACUGAUUUUUCGAUGAAUACUUUCUAGUGAACACGAACAAGUAGCGAAACCAGUGUGAAUUGAAGUGGCUCGUAAUUGUAAAACAAUGAACAUGAAAUGAGUGAUGAUUUUUGAGUGGUACCAACAGCAAAACAUCGUAAUCUGCGACUAUGAUCUUUGGAAAUGUUGAGAAGUGUUUCUUCAUGCUUUUCAUCAUUGAAGAUUUUCGUUUCUAAAUGAAUGAUUCAGACUGUAGAACAAGGAUCACAAACUCGAACAGAACAAGAAAGGUAGUAGUAAGAUUACUAGUUCUUUCUUGAUUUCUUUUGUAUAAAUAUUGUUAGUUUGUUUCAGCGUUGGUAUACAAUAGCAUAGUAUUCUGUGUCUACAAAAACUUGUGUGAUUAGUUUUCGUGUCUUUUCUCGAUGACCCACAUGUGAAAAUUAGAUCCCCAAAAUGAUCCGAUUCUUUUUAGAAGAAAAAGUUGAUGAUAGAACAAGUCAAGUAUUGUCGAUAAGUGGCUCUAGUUCAUUUGAGGCCCCCUCUCACAUGAUGAGCAUAUUAGAAAUGUAAUUUUGUACUAUGAACACGACUUCUGCAGGGAUUGGGAACAAUAAUAGGUACAACUGAAUGAAAUAGUGGUCUGAGAAUGAAACAAUGAAUGACGAGCACUACAGCAGGAGAGAAAUGGAAACCAAUACGGAUAUGGUCGUAUCGAUUCCUUCGGAUCGAACAUGAAAUUUCCUUGUCUCGGCACGCUAUUAGUCGUUAUUCAUCCGAUUAUAGCAAAAUUUAUGGAAGUGUCAAGAACAAGGAGAACUAGUCAUCGACACCGGGGUAUGGUAGUUGGGCAAGGCUUAGGCUAUGUCGGUUUUCUUCACUGUGUCGAAGGGUGCACAAGGCUACUGGAUCUCGACCUCGAUGGACACUGAUAUGACCGGACGUUUGGUUUGAUGCUUCUUGGACGUCACCUACAAACAAGGAUCUCCAUCUCUGUUGGUGGAGAUGUUGGCUUGGACGAACGAAACGACGUAGUAGGGGACACCGAUGUUUAAAUGAAACAUGAAAAAA